CAGAAACGAAAACAGCGCCCGUGACGAAUCUGCUUCUUCCAACAUAAAGGUCCGGUCAGGCAGGCACGAAGAAGCUUCCAUCGCUUCCAGCCGGGCGCCGGGUUUCGUGGGAAAGGGAACCCGAACUUUGCUGAGAACAUGAACGACUGGAUGCCCAUCGCCAAGGAGUAUGACCCCCUCAAAGCUGGCAGCAUUGAUGGCACCGACGAAGAACCCCACGAUCGCGCCGUCUGGAGGGCAAUGUUGGCUCGAUACACCCCCAACAAAGGUGUCACGGGAGACCCCCUUCUCACCCUGUUUGUGGCGAGACUGAACUUGCAGACCAAAGAGGAGAAGUUAAAGGAAGUAUUUUCCCGCUAUGGGGACAUCCGCCAGCUUCGGCUGGUGAGGGACUUGGUCACGGGCUUUUCUAAAGGCUACGCCUUCAUUGAAUACAAGGAGGAACGUUCCCUGCUCAAGGCUUACCGAGACGCAGACGGCCUGGUCAUCGACCAGCACGAGAUUUUUGUGGACUACGAACUGGAAAGGACUCUGAAAGGGUGGAUCCCUCGGCGACUUGGCGGGGGUCUGGGGGGGAAAAAGGAAUCUGGGCAACUGAGGUUUGGAGGGCGGGACCGGCCUUUUCGAAAACCCAUUAAUUUGCCCGUUGUUAAAAACGACCAGUAUAGAGAGGGAAAAAGGGAAAAGAGGGAGCAAUCUCGAUCCCGAGAAGGACACUGGGAGUCAAGGGCAAGGGAUAGAGACCAUGACCGGGGCCGGGAGAAGAGGUGGCAGGAAAGAGAGCCACACAGGGUGUGGCCUGAAAGUGACUGGGAUAGAGAGAGGGAUUUCAGAGAUGACAGGGUCAAGGGGAGGGAGAAGAGGGACAGAAGUAAGUAGAGGCCAGCCACCAGCAGCAGAGCCCAAAGGAAGAGGCAGCCUCUAGACGAAGCGUAAGUUCAAGGCCGAAUACAGCUUUCUGAUGAUAGUGGGGUCUGGUGUAAGUUCUUUCCAAUCUGGAACCCAAGUUCAAGCUGAACAUGUUGAUACUAUGAACUGCUCUUCUUCAUCUUCUAGUUCUAGGGACUCGUUAUUUAAUAAGCUUGAGAAACAGUUUUGUCCUUGCUGGCAUCUUAUACGGAAGGGCGUGUGUAAGGAGCCACCAUUCUCAUUUAAUUCAGCAGUCCUCAUUUAAUUUGAUUUUCUCUCAUCUAUUGGAAAUGACCAUUUUGAGGGUUUGACAAAAAGAGCUGAUCCCCGACAAUCAUUUGCAUUGAUCUCUGACUCCUGGGAACCCGAAUCUGGCCAAAUAGAUUAUAAUCUUUUCCAUGUUUAUGUCCAUAGUGCAAGGGUUUGGUGAAUUGAAAUAAAAAUGGGGUGGAAAAGUGAAUACACCGAGGACAUCCAGAAACUGAAUACUAAAGCCAGUCUGUGAACAGUGACCUGGGUCAGCAACCAGCUACUCUUGAACAAAUGUCACUCCAUUCUUGAGCCAAAUGCUGACUGCCUUUUCUUUUGUCGUUUUUUGGAUGGGAGGCUGGCAUUUAAAGUGAAAAACCAAAGUUGCAGGGCUAUGGCAUUAUGGUAUGGCAAUCUUCCAGCCCUUUGAAAAGACAAAGAAUGUGAGUGAAAUGAAAACGACAGGAAAUCAAUGA